CAUUCUUAUAAAUGAUAAAAUGUGAAAUCACGCCCGACGACACAUAAAACUGUCAAGAUGAAUGCCGAAAUGGAGCUGAUGUUUGGAAUAUGAUGAAGUUGAAAUGGCGAGCAAACCUGUUUCAAUUCCUGCUGUAGUUGAAGUUCAACACCACGAUGAUGACAAACACAGCGUUUCAAGUCAAGAUCAAUUACUGGUUGUAGAUCUAGAUGACAAUCUGAAAAAUCAACAGAAUUCUGUCAUGGCGGAAAAUAAUAAUGAUUCUAAGGAAAAGUAUGGGAAAGAUGACAUUGUGAAAGAUGAAAGCAAAGAAGAGAAAUUUGCUGCAAAGGAAGAUAUGUUGAUUGAAAAGAAGGAAGGGAAUGAUGAUGAAAACAAAGAAUUUCAGAGGAAUGGAAGCAGUAAAAGUCCAAAAAAGAAAAAGAGGAAAAAAUCAGUAAAAGACAAUGAAGUUACCACAGUUACAGCUGACAUUAACAACAGCAGCCCAAAGGUAAACAAGGGAAACAAUAAAGAACAGAAAAAUGAAAACACAGAAAAAACCAAGGAAGAUGUGACUGUUAAUUUACAUACAGAGGCAAAUGAAAUUGAUGAAAAUGCAUCUAACAAUAUUUCUAAAGACACAAAAAAAGAUUCAGAAAAGCCAUCUAUAAAUGAAAAAGAUUCAGAAAAGCCAUCUAUAAAUGAAAAAGAUUCUGAAAAACUAUCUACAAAUGGAAAUGAUUCUGAAAAACCAUCUACAAACGGAACAGAUCUAAACAAGUCAACUAAUAAAAUAGAUGAAAUUACUAUUGAAGCUGGUCCCGAUGAAUUGGAUGGUUUCACUAAGGUUACGGCGGAUGACCAACUGGACCAUGAUGCAUUGAGUCAGUUUUCAUAUAAAGAGGCGAAAGAUUUCAAAUAUUAUUUCCAGCACCCAUAUUUGAGGUUAUUUAUAGCCUACUUUGUAACAUUUUGCAAUUUCUUGAUUUAUGCUGAAGAUCCUGUAGCCCACAGUAAAAAAGAAUGCAAUAUUCCACUGGUUGGCAAUGACUUUGCCUUUGUGUGUACAAGGUACCCAUCAAACGCAUGGAGCUUACUAAAAGUUGUUUUGUGGUUUUCUGCUAUAAUUGUUGGGAUGAUUAUUGGAAAACUUGUAGUCCACAAGCUUUUUUUCUGUAAACUGUUGAGACUAAAGAUGUUCUGUGAUGACCAAGGAUCGUGGAUGAUCAUGUUUUUAUUCUCACUCAUCAGUGUAUUUAUAUUUUCGUGGUUGUACAAUGCCUUCCUCCUUGCUGGAGGAAGUUCCACAGAAGAUUAUAGAAUUUCUGGAUUGCUUGGAUUAUCCAAUUCUAUUUUUAUGAAGGCAGCCGCCACUGGAACUUGGUGUGGAGAUUUUUUUACCGCUUGGAUGGUUACAGAUAUGAUGCUUCAAGAGAAGCUAUAUCCUUACUGGGGCAGACCAAUCAGAAAGUGGUGGAAUAGAAAGUACAACAGAAUCAUUUUAUUCUGGAUUGUGACAUCAGUUACUUCUUUUACUGUUCUGUUCACCAUUGCUACAGAUUAUAUUCAAUGGGACAAACUUCAUCGAGACUUCUUAUCCAGCAACGAAGUAUCCCGAGCUUUCUUAGCAUCCUUUAUUUUGGUCAUGGAUAUAUUAAUUGUUGUACAGGAUUGGGACUUUCCACAUUUCAUUAGUGCUAUAGAUAUAAAGCUUCCUGGUGUAAACACAGCCCACAUUACAUUUGACAUUCCUAAAUGCUUUCGACCAGAUAAAUGGCAGAUCCACAUCACAGGGAAAUGGUUUAACUAUGGUAUCCUGUUCCUUGUGAUGAUACUGGACCUGAACAUGUGGAAGAACCAGAUAUUUUACUAUCCAUAUGAUUAUGGUCAAUAUACUGAUAAUGAUGGCAAAAUCCAUACCGUGAAUGACGAUUUUAGCUUAGAAAACCAUAACGAAACCUUGAUGAGUUUCAGUUACAGGAAUUCUACCAUCAACCCGCUUACCAAUCAGACAUACAUAUCUGAAGAUGGCGUAAUGAAUUCACGGUUUUAUGAUAAUAGUCUAGCAGUGAAGGCAAUUGCCUUUAUCCCUGCACUAGCGGCUUUCAUCACAUUUGGCGUACUUAUUUGGCAGUUUGGACGAUUCAAACCAUCAAAGACUGAUCCAUAUGCAGGAAGGCUGUUAAAAAGACCAAAGAAGAAAUCUUCAUUCAGAUUAUUUAAAGAAAGUUUUGGGAAGAGGUUUUCACUCAGAAAUAGAGUGAAGGCUGUUCCAAAACUUCUUGCUUUUACUCGUCGUCGUAAUACAAAUACUGGUAAGGCUGAUUUUCCAGUAAACGAUAGACCAUCAACAGAUCCUGUGUCAUAGAAUUGAUAUUUUUAGGGAAAAUAUAUAUCGAUUUUCUUUUUCUUAUUAUCAUGACACAAAGUGUAUUCAGAUUCCUUGAAUACAAGAGGAAAAAAAGAAGUCUUGAAAUAAUUAAAAUUAUUUAAGAUACAAAAUGUAGUUUUACAAUUGUUUUGGUUGGAAUCAAUAUGCUUUCUCUUUUCUUUCACAGUAUUCUUCGUGUUUAAAAUAGAUUCAAAGUAUCUGAAUACCUUGUCCAUUGUUUAUUAGUGCUUUGUUAUUGAUGACUGUGCUAAUUAACUCUAAUUGCAUUGAUAGUUGUACAAAAAUAUUACAUGUCCAUAAAAAUGUUUACAUAAAAGUUGUAAGUGUUGCCAAUUUGUAGAAAGCGUUUCCUUCAUGUUCUUGGUGAAUAGAAUUUGAAAAGAUGACUGUGCUUAUUAACUCUUAUAACAUUGAUAGUUGUUCAAAAAUAAUACAUGUUUCUUAGUCCUUUUAAAAAAUGUUAUACAAAAGUUGUAGUUGAAAUUGUAGCCAAUUUGUAGAAAGCAUAACCUUAAUGUUCUUAGUAAAUAGAAUAUGAAAUCAUGAGUGAAUUCAAUAUUAAGUAAUUCUAGUUCAAAAGUUGUUGCAUUAGUUCAUAUCAGAUGUAAAUUACACAUAUAUAUUUGCUGCAUUUAAAUUGGUUCUAUUUGAGGAAGCCAUAGAAAUGUGUAAAACAAACAUUAGGAGCUACAAAAUCAAAAGGUUUGAAGAAUAAUGUGCAAUGCAAAAUGCAAAAUUAAGUUUGAUUAAAAAUUUAAAGUAGAAACCUAGUUUGAGUAAACAGUUCAAAACAACUGUACCACUUUUUAUGCCCAACCUACGACAGUAGAGGGCCAUUAUGUUUUUCUGUCUGUGCGUCCGUUCGUUCGUCCGUCUGUCCCGCUUCAAGGUAAAGUUUUUAGUCAAGGUAGUUUUUGAUGAAGUUGAAGUAACUUAGUACACAUGUUCCCUAUGAUAUGAUCUUUCUAAUUUCAAUGCCAAAUUAGAGUUUUGACCCCAAUUUCACGAUCCACUGAACAUAGAAAAUGAUAGUGCGAGUGGGGCAUCUGUGUACUAUUGACACAUUCUUGUUACAACUUUUAUUGUUCUACAUUAUAUCAGAUGAUUUGUAUCAUAGGUAGCCCUGAAACUGCUAAAGUUAUUUUAGGCAAAUUCUUGUACAUUUGAUUUUUUCAUUUUAUCCUUGUACAUUUUAUAGUCAAAAUAUCAAAUAUAAAACAUGUAUCACAAUGUUCUAAAUCUUUCUGAAAGCAGAAAUUUAGAAAUGAGACAAAAAGUCUUUUUUUUUUCAAUGUAGAUAACAUUAUGUUGAAUCUUAGUUUUGUUAGACAGUUAUAAUUGUAUAUUCAUAACAAGUGUUUUCUGUUUCUGUUUUUUAUUUGUUUUGGUUUUUUUUUACUUUUUUUAUUCUUAAUAUACAUACCUAUCCCUGUGAUCAUUUUUUUAUAUAUUUAAAGACCAUUUUCAUAUAUUGAUAAUUUCACAUUUUCUGUGUUCUAGUUACUUUUCCAGUAAAUGUAUAUAUUUUUCAUAACAUUUUCAAGACAUCUUUUCACAUUCAGUUUUUACGAAAUUGAAUUAGCUAAAAAAAAAUCUCUAUUUCUUUCUUUAUUUUAUUUUUUACUGCUUUUCAUUAUGUGUAAACUUAAAUUGCUACCUAAUGUUAUUAUAUUUUCAGAUUUCUAUCAUUGGAUUCUAUCUAUUUAAAGAAACUUGCUAAAAAUGAGAUUUUUAAAUACACCUGAAAUUGUUCUUAUCUCCUAAAAUUUACAUAUAAGUCAGAGCUAUUGGUUGAUACAGAAAAAAAAAACAAAGUUGGGACACAUGGGUAUCCCUUGACUUAUUUUUGUGUUCAUGUAUUUUUAGAUCAUGUUUUAUGAAGUUUGGUGCUUUGUUAAUUUGUUAUUGGUUAUUUCCUUAUUUUCACUAAAUAAUUGUUAUUCUAAAACCAUUUAAUUUAUAUGGUAUGUGCCUUUUUGUCCCGCCUACAAUAUAUUUUAAAUUCAUUUGUUUAUAUUCUAUUGUAAAAAUAUUGUCACUAUAUAUUAUACUAAGAUGACAAGAGAAUAUUAUAUUUUCAAUCAUUUAUCAUUAUGAAUGUUCUCUACACAAAAUAGAAUUUAAGAAGAUUAUACAUGUAAAUUUGCCCUUUUUAGUCUCCAAGUAGGAGAGAUGUAUAGAUUUUUAUAUACGUAGAAUUCAUUAUUAUUAGUGGGUACUAAUUUUUGUUUAUUUCAUGGGUGUAGGUAACCAAAAAUUUAAGUGUACAUCAAAAUACUAAUUUCUGAAGGCGAAUUUGUCAAAACUAGGAAACAAAAAGUUUUCCUCAAUCCUCGAAAAUAUGUACCCUGAAUCCAGAGUAAUUUAUUUUAACUGUUUAAGAUUAUAUGUUUUCCAAAACUUAAUAGCAUCAACAAACAUUUGUUUAAUUCUAGAACAGCCCUAAUUUGUUUAUGUUCAGAGAGAAAAGAUAAUGUUUUCCUAGCAAAAUCUUAUUAUGUAUGUACAUUAGAAAAGGUUUUUUUUUCAAGAAUUCCUGAAUAACUUUCAGAAAUCUAGAAAAAAUGCUAUGUAAAAAUUAGUCAAAGAUUAGGUAUUCUAGAUGCAUGUUUCAUCUUGAUAAGACUUAUUAGGUGGGCUCAAAUCAAAACAAAUGGGAAGGCCAAAUAAAUUUUUUAGUUAGAGAGUAUAGAAAACUAACAGGCCCAAAUUGUGUGCCAUCAUCAAUUACAGAUAAGAUUGUAAGAGACAGAAAGUUGUAAGGUAUUAAUUUGAUUUAUGGGGAAAUUAUAUCUGCUGGUAUGAUAAAUUAUAACAAACGGCCUUUGUGAGUCUUUACUGUGAACUAUGACAGAACACAUACGUAGAUCUACCUCACAUAGUUAUUGUAUUAUUAACAAAAAGACCAAGUGACUGAACCAAUUGUUAAGUUUUACUUAAGUCAAUUUAUUGUAUAGAACUUUAAAUAGUACUGCAUUGUUUGUCUACCUUUACUUAAACACGGGACCAGGAGAACUAUACAAAUAUUAAAUUUGUGUGUUUAAAUUUUUAUUUUAUUUUAGGGGGGAAAGAGGGUCCUAUGAUUUAUUUACAGUGUUUUUUUUUAACUCCUGCAAGUUUGUUUGUAUACAAUUUUGAAUAAGAAUCAUUUUAUAUGGUUUCUUGGCUUUAUGAUUAUCUAGUUCGUAGAGCUGAAGGAAAUUUAAGUUGACUAUCAAAGCUCAUAAAAAUACAUGAGAUAUUAAAAAGAAAAAUUAUAAAAUGACAAAAUAUAAUAUUUACAGGUCCAAAGUAGAGUAUUUCCAAUAUCAUUUCUAUUUAAACUCCUCUAUGUAUUAAUUAUUGAUAUUGUCAAAUUAACUGUUGUACAAAUAUAUUAAUUUAUAUGAAAUACAAAAUUAAUGUAUUUAUGUAUCUUGUGUAUGGUAAAUACAAUAUAAAAAGCAUUAUAUGGUAUUGGUGCAAUAUUAUACUACUGUGGAUUCAUUAUUAUAAGUGGAAUACCAAUUUUUGUGGAUUUUGUGGGUAUAUGUAAACUACGAAUUUAAAUAUUGAAAGAAGAACAUAUUUUCUGUAGGCUUGUAUGUAGACUUUUGUAAAACCAUGAAAUAAGAUAUCCACGAAAAGUGGUACCCACGAAAAUAAAUCCACAGUUAUAUGUUAUGUAUAUAUAUACUUGAAUUAUUUGUUUUGUAAUUUGUAGAAUAACCUACCAGUAUAUAUAUUUAUAUUUAAACCUGUGGAAGCUGACAAUAUUUUGGACUUAAGUUUUUAUUUUUAUAUAACAAAUCUGAAGAACACAAAGAACAUACUUAUCUUAAGUUAUAAAGUAUUCUUGCUGUUUACAGAAAGCCCUUUCCACACAUUGAUUUCCUAAGGACUGAUUAUGACUCUAAAAUUAUAACUAGGAGUUAUUUGUUUUUCCUUGCAACUAUUACUAGUAUUUCCAAGAGGAAUGGGGAGAAAAAGAUUUAAAAUUGUGUAUUACUUCAAUAUAUAAAUACUUUUUAGCAUGAUAAGGCCAAAUGAACAAAAAUCAGUGUGUUUAGAAUCUGCCGAAUGGCCUUUAAUAAGGAUUACUUCACUUUAAAGUUUUCAUCAACAAAUCUUUUGUAUUUUUUAUCAAAUGACACAACAGAGUUAUUUAAAACCAUGUUUGUCAUCAUCAACUCAUUUAUUGAUGAAUAAAAAAUGGCAAAUUUUCAGUAAAAGGUAAGGUAUAAUGCAGAAAACAGACUAAUGAAGACACAACAUUUUGCAGUUUGUUUGAAAAAAAAGAUCCACUGACCAUUAUCUCUUUGGCAAGAAACUAUAAACUCGUAUAUUUUUAUUAGAAUUGUGCUGAUCUUAAGAAGUCACAUGUUUAUAGAGAAAUGGCAAAGCAAAGGUAUAUUUUUCUAGUUUUGAACUUUACAGAUUGUUUUAUUUGAAUGCCAAAAUUUGUUUACAUGGGCCUUUAAUAAAGUAAGGUUAUUUAAUUUUGACAGAAGAUAUUAAUAUGUAUAUUUUUAGAUCUUAAAACUAUGUAUAAUAUAUAAUCACCAUGUUCUAUUUUCCUCAAAUAAAUAGAAUUGUUUUUUAGAACUUUAUUUUUCUCCUGGUAAAUUCAUUUGUCUAAUUUUUGGUUGUAAUUUAAAUGUUUAUGCUUUGUAUUUUGUGAUCUCGGUUUUUUUUUUCAGAAAAAAAAUUGUUUAAAGAGGAGGGCAAGAUUGUGCCAAGUAUAAUUUUUCUCAUUAAAUAAUUAGCUUUUUUAAAGCACUAAGCUUUCCAAAAUUUGAUUUAGUUGUUUUUGCAGAAACAACGAUCUUAAUGUAAGCAAGAUGACUUCACACAAGUGAAAGUCAUGGUUUCAUAAUUUUGUAGAUUUUUGUUUUGUUUUUCUAUUUUUCUUUACAAUGUUAAAUGUAAUAUAUAAAAUGAUACAAUAAAUAUGUAUUUUCUGUUAAAAUAAAGGUAUUUUUAAGUUAUUAAUGGCACACUGUUUUCAUUGUUAAAAAGUUAUCAUUAGAAAUUUAUGGCAUACUGUAAAUAUCAAAAAGGUGAAUCUAUCACAAUGCAGGAUGUGUAAUACUAAACUGUUCUGACAUUUUCCUCAUAUCAGUUUUAAAGAUUGUGUUUCAGAGAUACUUACAGUAUCAACCCCAUUGACUGUUACUAAAUUGUUAAAUAUUUUUUUAAGAAUAAUCUUUUUAAUACAUCGCAUGCUCUUGAAAAUGAUUUUAUUUACCCUUUAUAUGUUGGUUUUAGAUGUAUUAUUAUUUAAAAAAAUAGUUUUUGUACCAAAAUAUAAAAAAAAGGAGGAAAAUCAUAAAGAAUUUGAAGUAAAUAGAACACACAUACCAUAUACACAUGUCUACAUUUGAAAAACAUAUACAUGUACAUUUGAAUUUUCAUCAUAUAACUUCAAAUAACAACCACGAAAGAGAGCUUCUACAAACUUUUGGUCUCUGGUGGCAUAAACACCAAAUCUAAAUAACACAAACCCAAAAGCUUAAUUUAAUCUCACUUGCUAGUAACUUGAUUUUCAUAUGAUUUAAUUUGCUUUAGGUGAUUAUGUACAAUUCUUUUGUCAGACUGAACCAAUCAUAUCUUUUUUUGUGUUUGUACUUUUGACUAUUUCUGUUCAUCCAGCAUCCUGCAUUAUGAUAAAUUCUCCUUUUUUUACUCAUUAUUUAUGUUACAGCUAUAAAUGACUGUAGUUUUGAAAACUGUAUUUUUAAAACAUGCCGAAAUUCAUUUGAAUGUAGCUACACAAUACAGGGUAAAAUUAAAAUAAUGCACAUCAAUAAUUUAAGAAAACAAUUGGAAUGUUAAAUGCACAUUUUUUAAAUUUGUUAUGAGCUGAGUUAUGUCAGUAUUGUCAGAGUAACAGUUGGUUAUUAAUUUGACAAAGGAGUAGCCCUAAAAUGGCCCCUAUUUCUAGCUAAAAUUUCAAAUAAGGAAUUAUUUACCAAUAUCGCAAUGAAUCAUAGCUAAUACAAUGAUUAGAUGGAAAAUAUGACUUUUUGUUGAAAAUUUACGUCAUGCGUCGACAAAAAAAAUCUUUUAACCUAGUGUUUGUGAUGACAUUUUACAUAUCUUUCUUGAAUAUUUAGUUUGUCGACGAGUGAGCUCUAUGUUUCCUAGGCCUAAAUUUUGUUGAAAUCUGGAAGAUUUGGUUAAUUUUUUGCAAAAAUCUCUAUUUUUGACCUACUUGAUGUAAAAAUCAACGCUUUAAAAUAAAAAUUUGACAAAAAAUAAUUGUAUUUAACUAUCGCACAUGUCUUUUCAUCAACUUACUAGUAAAACACUUUUUGUCUUGAAACAUUGAACUUAAUAGUCGGGGCAGGACUAAAUAUGGCCCUCACCGACAUUACUCCUUUGAUAAAACUUGCUGUAAAUUUCAUGAAGAUUUUUUUCAGGCUUAUAAAAUUUUGGAAAUUAAAACAAACUUGUACAACUGGAAAUGUUUAAAAGCCUGGCAGGACCAAUAUAUAUGAAAGUUAAAUGCAUUUUUAAAAGUAUUUCAAAAAAUAAAAACUUUUCUUGAUUUUUAUGGACAUUUGACAAAUGGCAAUGAUGAGCCUUAACAAUUUUGAUCAAAAAUAAUUUUCAGAAAUUGGCUUAAAAACAUAAAAGUGCCCUUUAAUGAAUCUCUGAAAGAUAAUUACCCAGUUUGAAUAAAAAGAUAAGUGGAAUAUUCAAUAUUUUUGCAUCUUCAGCCGAAAAGGAGUAAUAGGGCCUAUGUAAACUCUUGUCAUAACUCAGCUGGUGCACAUAUGAUAUUAUUAUUUUUUUCUGAUCAAUAGAUAUAGCAUUAUAAAUUGAUCUCCUUUAAACAAUAAUAGUGCCUAACAUCCAAACAAACUGAUCUAUUUUUGCAAGGUUACUUCUAGUAACAUGCCAUCUUUAGUAGUUGAAUAAAAAUAUGUUUAGAAGAA